AUGUCGGGCCCUGCUUGGGAGCCCCUGGUCCCGGCUUCCAGGCUGGGUCUGGAGGGCCUGUGCUGGGUGGGCCCGGGGCCUGACGGGGGCUUUGCUGUGUGUGAGUUUCAGGAUGUGCGGCUGUUUGACAGUGCCCACCAGCCACUGGGCUCCCUUGGGGGCUGGACAGGGCACACUUUUGGCUGCCCAGCGGGCAUCUGCUCCAACUCAGAGGGUAACAUUAUUGUGGCAGAUGAGCAGAGGCGCCAGGUGACCCUGUUUCCCCGAUCUGGGCCACCCAUCCGCCUGGUGUCACAGCGGCUUGGGCAGCCCUUGGGAGUGGCCUGUGCACCCCAGGGCCAGCUCCUGGUGGCCAAUGCCAAGGACAACUCCAUCAAGGUGUACCAGGGCCUCAAGGAGCUGGCCUGA